UUUCGAUUAUCGCCUUUAAGUCCAAGAUGUCUAGUGGAGUUGUAGUCAACGUGCAUCCACUUCUUUUAUACAUAGUCGCACAGAGGAUUGAGCCAUAAACUAUUUGGCAGCCUGAGAAACUUUCAGCAGCAGUGAUGUAUUGUACGGAAGUGGAUGUUAGGUUUCAGGCAAGCAUAAGCCUACUGAUCAUAAACAAAAAAAAAAAAAAGUAUAAAGGAAAAAAAUGUAGGUAAAUGGAAAGUAGACAUUAAUAUUAGAAUGGAAUGUCUUUAAACAGUCCCGUGCGCAAGACUGAAUAUCGGUUCCAAACAAGGCAUUUCGUCAACACAAGUCGAUCAGUACAACGUAUGUGUAUAUGUACUUUGAGUGACAUUCACCCCAGCCAGUACCCUGCCGCUACAUACAGGCAGUGAACAAGGGAACUACUGUGUGGACAAAGACCUAAGCUACAAACAACAUUAUGGCACGUCGUGGAGGGUGUUGCAUGUACUUCAACAUCGUCAGUGCUGUUCUAGGAGCACUCGCUGGCUUAUCAGCAUUUGUGGUUUUCUUCUUUCAUUUUGAAAACCGGCAAGCAGGAAUGUGGGCAUUUGUUUCAGGUGUGUUUGCCAGCACCACACUCUUCAUCCACAUCUUGUACAAGAGGCAUUCCCUGGAGAUGUGGUAUACACCAGAGAACCUUCAGCAAAUCAGGCUGUUGGGUUUCCUGGGUUUCAUUGCUGGCCUGGGUGGAAUGAUUGCAUACCUUGCUAUUGCAGCUUCAGUUCAUGAAGACAUGCCAUCCAUGGAGAACAUCAGCUCAAAUCAUUACUUCAUGGCAAUAUGGGCCUUCCUCACACUGAAAUGGGGAGCCUCUUUGUUUGGCUUCUCACAUUUAUACCGUAAGAGACUGCUGGAGGAGUACCAUCCCCUUUUGGCUUAAAUUAAUUCAAAGUAUCUCAGUUUUGUUUCUACAUUAUUGUUGCAAGUUAUAGUAUCAUCUCCAUUUUCAUACAUAACUCUACCACAACACACCAUAAAAACACACACACACACACACACACACACACACACACACACACACACACACACACACACACACACACACACACAAAGAGAGUGAUAAUGUAUGAUAGUUUACAACCAGAAAACUAUCAAGAAACUGUAUUCAGGCAUACAGAAUGCUGAGAAAUAUUGGAAUGAAAUUUCCCUUGAUGGAGGAGAAAUAUGAUGAGAGAUAAUUACUUUGGUGGUGAUACCAAAUAUAAGAUAUGCUGCUUCUUUGCAGUAAUUGUACAAGAAAUAUGUGAAAAAUUGGAAUGAUGGGUUUGGAGGUAAAAAAAUUAAUUUAUGAGAAAAGGUUAAGAGAAAUAAAAUAAACUUAACACUUGAGAAGAUAAAAAGAGAAGACUUGAUAACAAUCUACAAAUUGUUAUGAAUAGGAAAGAAAGAUAAUAAAAAUUUUGAUACACAGGAAGACAUGAAAAAAAAAAAAAAUAGCAGCUAAAAAGAGGGAGAUGUGUGAAUAAUUGUAAUAUAAAGAAAAAGUUUCUUCAUAAAAGUACAUAAAUUUGGAAUAAACUAUGUGAGAAGGUAGUACUGUAUCAACACAAAAGUGCACUAGUUGAAAGACACUGGAUAAAUGCACACAUGGAGAUGGAACCUCAUGAGUGUUGCUCAGAUCCUGUAUAUUACACACACACACACACACACACACCAGGGAUAAGAUGAAAUACAAAUAUACAUUUUUUUUUUUUUUAGUUCAUUCAGUUACAAAUACAAAUAUUCAAGUUUUCAAAUGAAAUACAAAUACAAGGCUUCAUGUAUGAGUGAAACACUUAUAUAAUUUGUACCAUAUUUGCAAUUAUUGUACUAAUUUCAUUCCAAUUAUAUAUAAAGAAAAUUUCUCCCUUAACAUUCAAUGAGGAAUCCAUCAAAUAAAAAAUGGAUUCUAUGUAAUGCACAUCAACAAAUUAAAAAAAAUUCAAAACCAUGUCUCAUCAGUGUUAUCUCCACUUUCUUGUUCUGGAAAGAGAAAUAAAUUUUUGUUUCCUAAUGUUAAGACAAAAUUGAUUGGAAUUUUUUUCUGUGUUUUAGUCUCUAGUUCUUAAUGUUUGAUUAUUUAAUAUUACUUACUAUUUUAUGUAUGCAUGCAUGUAUAUCCAUAGUUCACUGCUUAAGUGGUCAGACAGGAUCAUUAUUUUGCUAGAGGUAAGAAGUAUGAAAUAAAAAAAAAUCUCAAUAAUUUUAAACUUUAGUGACAUGAUGGCGUGAGGUAAAGGCUCGCUUAUGAAUGCUUUUGAUCUGCUUGGUAGUAUUUAAGGCUUUUUAAAAGAUUUAGGCCUCUUUCCUUGUUGAUUAUAAUGACUAUUAUAUCAGUGUUUUUUGUUGCAUUUGAGGGAAACAUGGCAAGUGCAAGGUUCAAAUGCAAAUACAAGUAUGCAAUUUAAAACUCUAAAAUACAAACAUAAAUAUAACUUGUUGCAUAUUUAUAAAUACAAAUACUACAUAUUGUGAUCCCAUCCCUGACACACACACACACACACACACACACACACACACACACACACACACACACACACAUUGCAUAGUAUAGUGGUUAACAUAUAUGGCGCACACUUGAGAAGGCUUGGGUUGUGCCCUGGGAACAGUGAGGCAGAUGGGUGAGCCUCUUGAUGUGCAGCCUUGUUGACGUAGCAGCAGGUUGAUAUGGGAUAUAUAAGCCUAGUGGUUGUGACCUUACUGUCUCAGUGUGUGAUGUAUGAGUGGUCUAAGCCCAACUCAAAGUCACCAUGAGCUCAGAAUUCUUUCUGUAUGGGAGUGGCUGGCUGUGUCAUGAGACCAGCAGUCAACCAUGGGUGAAUUACUCACACGUAGUACAAGAAACAUUCGCAGAUUUGAGUAUUUUCUUAGCAUAUAAACUAUGAAAAUUUUGCAUUUCUUCACCUGUACAUAUAUAUGGAUAUAUUUAUUUAUGCUUUUGAUUAAAGUUAUAUAUAGAAAA